CAAUACGAUUUCAACGUAGACGUGACGGAACAGUACAGAAAAGACAUUUACUGAUAUCAGUGGUGUGAUCAUCUCUUACUCUUUUCACUAUUAAUUUUUAUAAUUUUCGUUUUCUGUUCGUGAUCGACCGCUACAAUGGAUUCAAACGUAAAUUAUAGCUAUACUGUUACUACAACAAAGUCCAAAAAAGGUACCACCACCACCACUAGUAUAUCUUACUCUCGAACCUCAAAUUCAUUGGCUUCUGAAGAGCACGAGAAUCGAACAGAAAAAAUUGUAGAGAUCGAAAAAUCAGAUAAAAAUAAACGUAAAAAUAAAAAAAAUAAAGAACGUAAAAAGGAGCACAAGGAGAAAGAGCAUAAAAUUCCCGUUUCAACGAUGGAAACUGUUUCAGACCCAAUGGUUUCAGAUGAAAAGCAACAAAAUGAAACUCGAAAAUCAACUGAUGAAAAAAGUGAUGGCAAGGAACAUUUGGAAAUCCAAACAUCUGAAUAGUUAGUUACUCUCAGUAAAUUCUUAACACAAUUCUUAUCAGUAAUUUAAACGAAGUAUGUGAAUUCAGAUGAAAUACGACGUAAAUAAAGAGAUUUUACUUUGUAUUGCAAUAAAUGACAAAAAUAGCAGCAACGACAUUGUAUUUCUUGCAAAAUGGUAUAGCAAAAUGAUUGAACAGAGCAGAAACAAUUUGUUUAUCAUAAAUGGAAACUACGAUUAUUUGGGGGAAGGAUGUAACCGAACUCCAUUUACAUAGGAACACAUUUAUUUACAAAAAAUUAUUUUAUUUUUUUCGAAUUUAGUGGUAAAUCUAUAUGUAUCUUAUCAUCAAUGUUUUUAGCAUUCAUUCACAUCAGUGCCAUGAUCAAUAAAUAAAUUCUUCGUCGUCUAAAAAGUGAAUAU